AUGAAAUCCUCGCUGUUGCCUUAUAUUCGUGCUCAAAUUCCAAACCAAGAUGAAGUGCUGCUCAACGCCAGAAACGGAAGCAUUUCAUCAAGUGUCAUUCAAACAUCACCAAUCACACUUCUCCAAUUUGGUUCCUCUGAGUCUGAGGACCAUUCUUCCACAACGCCUCAUCUCCUUGAGAAAUCCUUUGAUUCCUCACAAUAUCAUAAUCGCAACGCUUUACAAAAAGCAGAUUAUGACCGCAUCUCCGAAAAAAGUUCAAUCAAUCAAUCAGUUACACAAUGGAAUGCACUCGAAACACUGAAUGAUCAUCCAAAACAGCCGCUGGAUUCACACUUUGUUGGUUUUGACGAUAUUCAGUCGACGAGUGCUAGCAAUUUCAGCGAAAAGAAAAGUAGCAACGUUAACCGCAGUUAUUUAGAACGAGUAAAUGCUUUGGCGAAAAAUGACGAGUUUAAGAGCGAUGAUCGAAAGUUGAUCGUUGACGGCAAUAACAAUCCAAUCACCAGUAAAACAUUCCCCAGUGGAAUAUCGAACGGAUUGAAAAUCAGACCAAUCUAUAACAACAGAAUGCUUGCCGAUCGAAAUGUGGCGAUUGCGAAUGGUAUUAAUGAACCAGUGAUUUUGACACAUCUUGGAUCGGUAUCCUCUUCGACAGAUCAACUGGAACAUGCAAAAUUUCUUGCGGCGAACGCAGCUAUGAGCAAAUCCAAUACAAAUUCAACUCCCUCUGAUAUUGUGACGAUGUUAUCGAAAAUUGUUGACCCACCCCAGCUGGGAGGUCAAUUUCACAGAUUGGCGCAAUAUUUUGGGCUUGAUCGAAUUAAUGGAGAACAGGGAUCACAACUUUUCAACAAAUUGAUGAAUUGGAAAGAUCGAGCUAUCAAAGAUAAAAAUAGGUUGACUGAAGGCUCUUCGCUUUCUGAGCAAGCGAAAAACCUCGAUGGACUACAGCCGAUUCAGCCAGUGAAUGCUAUACGUCCUGUCAGUUAUGGUUUUUGUUGCUAUCAUGUUUAA